AUGUCCAGUCGAAGGAAGGCCUCAACCCCCUGCAUGAUCCGACCAGACCAGACCAUGGUGGAGCUGGAUGAUGAGGAAGAGGAAUCACAUGACAUGCAGGUAUACUUUCAGUGUUUCAGGGGAGAGUAUCUGUUUUUCUUUAAACUUAAAGGGAUAUUUCGGCAUAAAUUUUAAGUCAUGGUCAAACACACUGUAACACAGAGUUAGACACCCCCUGGAGAGAUGAACGUCAUCUACCACUUGCUUUUCUAGUUAUACCAACUUUAGUAAUGACCGCACGAUAGCAACACACAGCGGUCUAUGUCUCCUGUCGCCAUCAAACAUCUUUUACUGUCGAUCACCGAGUGCAGCGGAGUUUCGCAGCUCAAGGAAGAACAUUAAUGAUUAUUACUUCAUGGUUCUUGUGUAUCCUGUAAGUGCACUGCAGACGCAGUACUUUUCUGCCUUAGCGUCUCGGUCUGAUUGCAUUUCCGUUAAGUAAUAAUCAUAAAUUUUCCGCUGCACACGGUGAUCGACUCGUCAGGGCUCCCCCACAAACAAGCGGCUGCUGAAGGAGAGUGGGUGAGUUGUGUUUAGUCUCUUUGCUAAAGAAAUCAGGCAAAGCUAAAAAGAUGUUUGAUGGCUAGUACUAUGGCUGGGACUCUAUAUGUACUGUUGAUGAAGGUAGGUGCUGUUCUGAGCAUUAUUUGUGGCUAUAGAGUGGCGGUUUGGUUGAGGUGUGUGCAUGUGGAGACAGACUGCUGUGUAUUGCUAUUGUGCAGUCGUUACUAAAGUUGGUAUAACUGGAGAAGCAAGCAGUCAGCAACAUUCAUCUCUUGAGGGGGUGUCUAACUCGGUGUUACGGUGUGUUUGACCAUAACUUAAUUUUACACCAGAAUUUCCUUUUUAAGUAUCAAUCAGUGAUAAUGACUGCUAUUGCUUUGAAAUCAGCCAAAUAGAUAAAUAGAACGAGAUGCUUAAGAUUGAAUGUGCGAGCUAACCAGUUGUACAUCUACAGAGUCAGAUAGAAACAGUUUCUAAACAUGGUUUGCAGCUGCUUUUUUCCUCUUAGUUCACUGUUUUUAAACUGAGUUUUUUUUAUUAUUGGAAAAAUGUCCAGCCAACUGUAGAGAACCACACUGAGGAGGGACCCAUGGAAACUUCCUCAGAGGCAGAGCCUGCUAUGGAAUUAGACUUAUCAUGCAAAGCCUCCGACCCCCCAACAGCUCCAGACAAAGCAGCAGCUGAGCCGCCGGACCCCUCCAGACCUCAGCGGAGACAACAGGGAGGAUAUGAGUGUAAAUAUUGCCCGUUCUCCACCCAGAACCUCAACACUUUCAAAGAGCAUGUUGACGCCAACCACCCCAACGUCAUCCUCAACCCCCUGUACCUGUGCGCAGUUUGUAACUUUAAUACUAAAAAGUUUGACACCCUAACAGAACACAACGAGAGGUGUCACCCAGGGGAGAGUAACUUUAAAUUCAAAAGGAUCAAACUGAACAAUCAGACAAUCUUGGAACAGACGAUAGAGGGCUGCAGCAACAACGCAGUCAUUUACAACACCUCCAAUGUUGGCAAAGGGGACGAACUCGGCUCUCCGCCUCUCAGCAAACCCACCACAGUCAAGAUUGGAAAACCAAAAAUAAUGUCUCCUGAUAGUAAACGGACAGAGUCUCAGUUGGGCAAACUGGCACCAGAUCUGUCCAAGAAACCGAUCACAGCUGUCAAUGUAAACGGGACGGUCAUCAUCCCAGAGUCGACUCUCCUCAAAGCAGACGGCCUUUCUCACAUCAUGCCUUCCCUACAGCGGCCUCUAAACUAUACCCAGGUGAGACGGGCAGUAAAGAGAGAGAGAACAUUUCCUUUUUUUGUUUUGUAUUCAGGAAAUAGUUUGACAUUUAAAGAAUUACACCAUGUUUCAGACGAGAUGUAUGACACCACUCCUCUGGACAGUAAAUAUCAAACAAAGGCUGAUCAGCCAUCAGUGUAGCAACAUUUAGUUUAAAAUCUGAAAGCAGAGGAAAAAGAAAAUUUGUGAUCAGUCUAGAUUAGAAAGUACAGAUUUUAGCAGCUUAGUAACAUGGUUUACAUUUGUUUCGUUGGUUUGAUCUUUUUUCUAAAAAUACUGAGCUUGGUUGAUGAUGAGCAGGAAACCUAUCAAGGACGUUUCUUAUUCUGUUCGCAACAAAAACACAUUUUUAGCACCUUGACAGCUCACAAACUGAGGUGUUAUCCACCCCCACCUGCAGGUGGGACUGAACAAGAAUUAGAGGACACUGUACAGGUGUUUUGAUUCAGAGCAGUUUUUGGUACAACGUAAAGAGUCUGCUAGUCAGAGUUUACUAAUAAAAGACACAAAUUUACUUUAAAAAAGUUCUUAUUUAUGGAUUUUCUUUUUUAGGUUUUACAACAACUUUGAGGACUUUUACUUUGUUGAUUUUAGUGCCCCCUGUUGGCAAAGUUUUAUACCGCACAGCCUUGCUGAUUUUGUUUAGUAUUUUCUAACAAAAUCUCAUCCUGCCUUCUUUGAAGAGUCAAAUGUGUCACUCGUUGUGAAUAUUUGCUGUUGAAAAUUUAUAGGAAACCUGUUUGUUUAGUGUGCAGGCACUACUCUGAUUUAACACCUCGCAGCAGCUUUAGGCGUUAAACAUUCCAGCGCAGAGAGUGUCGGUCUCGUUGAUAAUGAUUGUGUUUGCUUUCAAAGGUCAGAACAGGGCAGAAGUAUCAUUUUAGUCGAGUUUCACAACUUGUGAAAACUCCUGACUGUGGCUUUAAUCAGCCCUUUUUCUAUUUGAUCAAUUAAAAUGUUGUUUGCCAUACAUGUGGGUGUCAGCUUCUUUGGGAUUUAAAUGGCCUUUAAAACAAACUGUUUUUUCUCUCUUGUGAUGCUAAAAAUGUUCUACUUAGAUACUUUUGUAAACAAAAUAACUGAACUCAUUACUUGUGGAAAUCCAUAUUCUUCAGAGAAAAAAAGACCAUUAAAGACUCUUUUGAUCACUCUUUAAUUCCAGGUGCCGAAGAUCGCAGUGCCCCUCAACACAACCAAAUACAACCCCUCGCUGGACGACAACCUGACGCUUAUCUCCUCUUUUAACAAGUUCCCCUACCCGACACAGGCUGAGCUCUCUUGGCUUACCGCAGCCUCAAAACAUCCAGAGGAGCAAAUCAAAGUCUGGUUCACCACACAGAGGCUCAAACAGGGCAUUAGCUGGUCCCCCGAGGAGGUAAGAAUUAAAGUCCAAAUAACAUUUUAAGCAGCGUCUUAAAUCCCCAAAGUGUGGUUUAAUGCAUUUUCUUCUCUAAACUCUGAGGAACAAAUAAAAGCAUCAGCUUAACUCCUCAAGACAUCAAGAAUAAAAGGUGAUUAAACCAGUAUUUGUAUCACCUACAUGUUUGGAAAGCUCUUGAUUGACUUGCAUUCAGAUUUGGACAAUGAGAAAAAUGAGCCCGGGCUGCACGUCAAGUUGGUCCAUAUUGUACCACUUGUAAGCAAAUUACAGCCUAAAGCACAAGGAUGCUCAUUUUCUACUUUGAUUAACACUGAUAGGCUUGAUUUUGUUUUUUGUUUUUUUGUUUCAGCACAAUUUUCUCCAUUUUAUCCAAUUGACUCCAAGCAACAACCAACAAGCAGAACUUAAAAAUGGAUGUUUAUGUAAUUAAAGAUGAAAUAUCAAAUCAAAGAAGUUAUCAUAAAAGUCAAGGGUCAUGAAUUAAUGUCAUUACUACAGCAGCAGUGUGUAAUUAUCUGUAAGGAGUGCUGUCUCUCUGUUCCAGGUGGAAGAGGCCAGAAAGAAAAUGUUUAACGGCACAAUCUCCUCAGUGCCUCAGACCUUCGCUGUGGUUGCUCCUCAGCUCAACUCCCAUUCAUCCACCAACCUGUCUGGCUCCUCCACAGCCUCCAAACACUUACAGCACGCCGCCUCUGUCCUGCAGUCGCUCCCCUGUCAGCUCCUGGGACAGACCAGCCUGGUGUUGACGCCCGUAGCCAAUGGAUCGACAGUUACGUGUGCUCCGCUGGCGCUCACUGUGGCAAACCAGGUACAGCAGAAAUGUGGCAAUAAGUGCAUGGAGUCUGUAAACGGUGACACACUUGAACAGAGGUCUUUCAGCUUUAACACAAGCAGAGAUGCACACACACACACAGACACACUUUGUUACUGUUCUUGAGCAGAAUUUAAAGGUAUCUAUUUUUAUUAAAGUAUAUGCUUCCCUGUGCUUCUAUACUUCUUACAAGCUUUGUAAGCUUGAUACUUUGUUCUGAUACAUUCGAGGAUAAAUAUUGAUCAUUUUUACUCCUAACUUUGAGACUGGUUUACUUACACAAGGGUAAUUUAACUAGGGUGAUCAUAUGUCCUCUUUUACCUGGACAUGUCGUCUUUUGGGGGCUUGUCCAGCCUGUCCAGGGGUAGUUUAUAAAAUCCUUUAAAUGUCCGGGGAAGCCAGCUUUUUUUUUUUCACUGCCGGGAACAGGCUUCCAUAGUUUUGAGUUUGUGUAGCGUGUAAUUUAUCUUCGCAUCACAGACAAUUGUAUUUACUAUAUAUUUUCAACGGUUAAUUUGGAAACACCUUCUGAGGGGCGGAGUUCCAUGCCGAACCCUGGAACAUGUAUUAAUACUAAUUAAAGCCACUGAUGCAACACCACAUGCACUGUCUGCCGGUGAAGGAAAGAAGAGGGAGAGAUAUUUGUAUGUAACAGAUAAUUUUGCUGAAGGAGAAAUGCUUUAGAUAAAUGAAUAUAUUUUUUUAUAAACGCAACUUUGUGUGAGCAUUUUCAGUAUCUUCAAGAGACCUGGUUAAGUGUCUUUUUGGUUAUUCAGAAUAUGCGUAAAAGAAAACACUCAAAAUCGAGCAUACAACUCUGCCCCGCAUAGCAGUAUCCUCUUUUUGAGGAUUCAGAAUAUGAGAGAGGCCAACGGAGAGAGAAAACAUGUUCAGGGGUAAACCAGCUAACAUUCUUCAUCCAGCUGCUUCACACAUGGGAGUGAAAUCAGUGGGUCUUGUUCACCAGUUCAACCCACUUUUUCUGAAGUAUGCUUGUAAUCAAAGUCCUCAGUCAGUCUAAACCAGCAUCAUGGGCCUUUUCCUCGUAUGUUGAAUUGCAUUGUUUCUAUUUAGCUUUAGCAAUAAAAAUGAGACUGCAGAGCCGCCACGUACACACACACACACACACACACACACACACACAGAAAUCACACAAGACUGAAAAGAGAGAGGUCAGAAACACCCAGAAUGAAGUCGAAGAAAAAUGUUAAAAUCUUUGUUCUGAAAUGGAGGUGGUGCUCCUGGAUGUAAAACACAAACAUAUGACUGAAAUACAGCAUCAUACCACAGAAAUAUUGAAAUUGUCUCUGAAAGAGGGCUGUGAUCGGAAAAGUUCGAACACAGAGAGAGAUUAAGUGAUUUGAUCACAAACGUUGACUCGCAGGUCAUAUUAUUUGAUGUUGUCCCUGAGUUUGAAAGAUGUGUCAUCUGAGUACUUCUGUGUAAAACAGCAUGUGAUUGUUAAGGUUGUGAUACAGCUCUCUUGUUUGUGUUGAAGUGCUCUUGUUCACAUAAGUGCUCAGUUUCUGUUCAGAUGUGAAUGUGUUGCAGUUAAAACUAAACGACUGAAUUAAAGUGAUGAGCAUGUUUGAAUCAUGCAUUGAAAUGUAGUUUUAAAGAACAUAUUAAGGGAAAGCACAACAAUCAAUAGAUUUUAGUGGUAUGUCAGAAGUCUCCUCUUUGGUGCCCGUAGACUCUGUUUCGACUUCAGAACAACUCUGACAUAAAAAGACUUCAGUGAGUCUUCUUGGAAACUGCACAAGUGAGUCUCAAGAACAAACUUUCCUUGAAGAUCAGACUUCUUUUCUUUGUUGUUCUUUCAUCUUUAGUGAAUUUAGUUUAUCUUCAUUUAAGAGGUUGAAUCGAUGCUUCCGCGAACCCCUGAGAUUUUUUUUUUUUUUGUACCGAUAUACCUGCUUUUCUUUGGAUGGAGUAAAUCUAUAUUUAUAACACCUCUGACCGCAGGUUGCACAGUCACUCAAACGUCCGCUGGCCUCCCCUGUGAUCACCUCAGAGAGCAAAAGACCCUCCAUCAUUCAGACCAUCUCAGCGCCGAUGGCAGCAUCCAAACUGGCGUCCCCUAAAGUGCUGAGUUUCACGGUGGACCACAAUAAAACAUCGGAGCAGCUCUCAGUGCUGAGGUCCAGCUACACACAGUGUCCUUUUCCUGAGGAAGAUGAGGUAAGAAUAAGUGAGUGAAAUGACGUUACAAGUGCCGUGCCUCGCUUCUUCUUGAAGCUACCUGUUUCACGUUCCAGUUUUCUGCUUCUGGCUUUUUUCAUUUUUUCCAAACUCUCUACUAACACUGAUAAACACCAAACUCGUUAUUUCAUGCCAUGUUGCAUCUUGUCAUGUGAUAGAUCUACAGGCUGAUAGAGACCACCGGGCUGUCCAGGGGAGAGAUAAAGAAGUGGUUCAGUGAACAGAGGCUCCUUAAUCUCAAAGGUAUGUGGUGUGAUCAGCGCCAUCCUGAUCAAAUGAUAAAACUCCCUGACUGUGAUUAAUCAAAAGUCUCACUUUGGUGGGUAAACAAGCUGACGUUUGUUCUUAGAGGAGGGUUUUCUGGGACCUUAACACCGGAAAACCAAAAAAAUCUAUCCUACAGCGAGAGAUCCAUCAAAUCAAACGCUGAUAAUGACUCUUUUUGUAACGUGGUUUGCAGGCGUCCCUCCUCCUCCAGUGCUGGUGAAAGCUGAAGUGACUCCAGCACCCAAAGAUGCUCCUGUAAAGAAAUCAGUGCCCAGUCAUUUCCCCCUGCUGGAAAGAGUGAAGGGCAAAUCGUCAGAGCAGCUGAAGGCGUUGGAGGAAAGUUUCCAGAGAAGCAGCUCCCCUACAGAGGCAGAUCGAGGUACAGCUUUUUACCAACCUUCCCAACCCAUUUCAUGUCGGCUCAUUCUUCAUUUGCCUCUCAGUUUGUAAUGAUAGGAACUGCAAGAAAGGUGAAAGAUAGGCGUCGGCAUCAAAGCCCUCUUCUUUCAGCUUUGUGUGGUGUCAUUCUAAGAUUGGGCUGUUCAGCGAGGAAAUGAACAACUUGUCUGCAGAGAACAAACCUUGAAAUGAAAUAAAAUUGACCAUUUUCAGGUUUUGUGUCCUCAGAAUCUCUGUUUUUUUUGUUUGUUUUUUUUAAGCAGGAUCAGCUGAGCCCGACAUAAAAAUAGCCACAGCAGAGCAUUUCUCUGUAAAGACAAGUCAUGCCAAUACAGAGAAAGUGUGUGAUCGACUGAUUAGUAUGAAUAUGUGUUAAAUAUUGUUUUUUUCAUCAUUGCCAGAGAGAUAUGAUGAAUUUCGAGUAUACUUUUCAUAGUUUUGAAGUUUCUGUUGCAGGUAAACAGAUUGUACACAUUUGUAGUCUGAGUAAAAUUGACCAAUCAGGUAUCAGCUGGCUGUGGCGUACAUUUUGGAAAGUUUUCAAUUCAGCUCUUUGUGAACAACUCUACUCGUGGGAGUUUGGUGCUAGAGAUUCAGGUCGAUGGCGUUAAUGAUGCUGAGGUUUAAUGACGAUGAUGACAUGUCUGAUGCUUUGGUGAAAAUAAUAUUGAUAUAGUGAUUUAAAAAAAUAACCUUUUAAGAUCCACUGCACGUCAACACCUGUGUGCAGUGGGACUUGAAGGUGUUUGUGGCACUUUCUAGUGUUGUCCCCUCUUGUAUAGAUCCUUGCUUGUGUUGCGCAUCAGACAGGGAUGGGCAAUGAAUUACUGUUCACGAUAUAUACCGUCGGAAAAAUCCUCCAUUAUAAGUAUUUGUCAUCUCAUGAUAAAUACAAUAAAUGCAAGCUGAUGAAGUAAGUGUGAGUGACAGCCAAAGCCCACGUAGAGCAGAGUAACAAACAAACAUGGCUGAAGGUGAUGAAGAAGACGUUUCUAAGCAGCUUGUUGCUAAAAGAGGCUCCACAUGAGGGAUUUCCUUCAAGAUUGGGGCUUAGAUGAGUGCAAUCAGGUAUGCCUGACAUCAGACCGUGGAUCUGCUGCUGUUCACUCUGUGUAGUAAGAGUUUUCAACAAAUGUUGAAAAAGUUGAGAGACAGUUGAAAACGCUUUUCUGGUCCAAGUUUGAUCAGUCGGUGUUCAUCAAUCGGUGAGUUUUGGCCGAUUACUGAUUAGUCUCAAACGGGCUGAAAUUGGCCAAUUUAAAAGAUUGUUAGUGUUAGUACAUAAAGUCAGCCUACAGAAUCAGCACACAGCCCUCCUGCAUGUUUGUGGCCAAUGAAUGGACCUGCCAGCCAAUGACUAUUUUUAGGAUGAGUUUAUGUUGGGAGGUUUCUGGGGGAUAUUAUCACAGGACUUAAAAAUACUUUUGAAGAAACUUCUGACAGCUUUAAGUUGAAGUGUGUGAGGGAUUUUGAGUUGCUUGUCAUUCUGGUCAGAGUCAUUAGGCUCACUCUGUAUCAUAGAUGUAAACAACCUUUAAAGAAGUCCAGUUUUGUUUUCUUCUUUUUAUACUUGUUGACAGCGUGUGAUUUUAUUUUCUUUCACCCCAAAGAGCCACAGACACGUCUCUGGUGGGCGCCUGCAUGACAGGAAUAGCAUAAAUGUUUUUAAUGAGCCCAUUUUUAAAUCUCCCAGAGAGCCCAGAUUCCAAAAUAAUCUUCCACUUCAAGGUGGCUCAGCUCGUCUGAUCCUCUGAACUUUCAUGUCUUGUAGACCUGCUGGCUCAGGAGACCCGGCUGUCCAAGACGGAGGUGGACUGCUGGUUUUCAGAGAGACGGGCACUGAGAGACAACAUGGAGAAGGCUUUGCUCACCAUGGCUUCAAAGACAACAGAGGACAGAGCGGACCGGCCGGGGGCGCUGCUGAACGGAGCCUCUCAUCGGGAGCAGGAAGGGAAACCUCUACGCUCCUCUCCUAACCCACCCCUCCUCUCUUCCUCCUCAUCCUCAUCCUCCCCUCCUGUCCUCGCAGCCUCCUCUCCUCAUCCUCCAGCGCUCUCGUCCUCGGCGUCACCUCCCAUCCUCACCUCUUCCUCCUCCUCUUCCCCUCACCCCCCCAUCCUGUCAGCUUCCACCAGCCCAGCUCCCAUCGCUGGUCGCUCCCUCGUCCUGCUGAGAGAGGUAAGAGGAGCUCCAGAAGAACACGUCACAUCAACACUAGUUAGACAUUAAUGACACUUGUAAGAACUUAAGUGCGACAAAAAGGUGAUUAUGUUUGAAACAGCUGUUAUAGGCCAGUGAGACACUAAUGAGUCCAGACUGUAAAGAGAUUACUUGAUGUCAUCUUUUAAUAAACCUGAAGUGAAAUGUAUAAAAUGAAUUCAUCUUGAAGGUGUCGUACGGGUACUUGAGGAGAAGCUGUGUGACUGACAGUGCUGAUACUCUAAUAUUAGAAAUGGGAGAUGAAACGAGGCAACUUUGAGGUCAGAUCUGUCAAUGUAAAGAGAAGGUGCCGGAGUAGUUUGUCUGGAAUACAGCAGCUUCCCAUAGGACAACGCAGCCUAUAAAUGGAACAUAUAUCUAAGAGACGUCUCUCCAUGUUUGCUUUGUAACAGAUUGUACAGAUGCAGCCUGUCAGUUAAGACUGACCCAUAUAUGUCUUCUCAUGCUGGCCAUGUAUUAAGCCCAUCAGAUUUGAUCCUACGAUAUACCUGCAGUAUGGAUAAAAGACUAAUACUGUAUGUAGGAUGUUGCAUACUAGUUAUUCCAGUAAUGGAUGAAAUAAGUCAUCUGGACACGUGCUGUCCGGCUCAAUAGUAUCAGAGACGUUUAGUAACUGUUGAUUAAUGCUGUGAUCACAAUGUUUUUCCAUCUCUAUAUUCCAGUAGACUGAUCAAAUGGCACUUUUAAGUCAGAGUGAUGGUGUGAAUCCACUGACGAGCAUCCAAUCCACCCAGCUAUCCACUUCAGCUGCUAUAUAUUUGUUUUUUGAUUAAAGAGUCUCUUCAGUCAAAUUUUACACAGUUUAAUUACUAGGCUGUAAUCAACCAAAGAAAUUCUUGGUCGACUAAAACCCUGAAAUUUUCAAACAAAAUCGACUAAUGGUGAGGGGGAUUUUCCAACUCUGACGGCAAACCCUUCUGCAGAGGGGAAUGAUGCUGCUCGGCGGGAUGAAAAUAUACAGGUAUCAGCACAGGAACGCAAUUAAACACAAAUAUUAUAAUCUGCAAACCACCAGACGUUGACUAACGUGGACGCUCUUCAAUCUUCCUGUCUCCAAUCAGUUUCCAGUAGGUUGGGCGAAUCCAAAAUGGUGAAAACAAGGGGGGUGUUCUGAGACAGGCUGUUACCUGUGAAAUAGGGUGCUCUGAAAACACCCCGAUUAUACAUUCCUCAUGAUGAAAUUAACCAUAAACUGUAAAUUGACACGGAGAAAGAUCAAGUCGGCCAAUCAGAAUUUUGGUCGACUCAGCAUGACUAGGACUUUACAGCCCUAUUAAUUACUUAAACUCUUGAGAGUAACUUUUGGUGCAUGUCAAUCUUAAUGUGCGCCCUGUGGGCAGAAAACUCAUCCCUCUCUUUUCUGACAUCUUUGCUGUGUCGUUUAUUGUGAAUAUUUCAUGGCUCUUUCUUCAGCUGCUGGAAUCUCACCUACCCUCUUGGCCUGGUUUCAUGCAUUAAAAAGUACUGAACAAAAUGUUCAGAACUUUUUAAUGAUGAUCCUGUUUUCUCUUGUAUAUCAUAAAAAAAGCUUCUAAAAGCAGUUCAGUCUAUUCUCCCCACAGGAGCUUUAAUAAUAUAGCACUGUUUUCUUUGGAUGGGUUAUUUAUUUUAAUAUUGUAUUUAGGCCAACAGGAGCUUGUUAACAUGCUCUUCAUGUAAAUACUGACAUGCAGCUAUUUUUGCUAUAUUUACCAUCUUAACUUGCAUACUCACAGUAAGAGGGGGUUAUUUUCAGCAAAGACUACUGCAUCAUUGAAUCCCCUCAUAGCAGUGAAGGUAUAAGAGUCCAAAUUAAAGUUCCUGUGAGUAUCUCUCAGUUUGUGUCAGUUUUGGCGCCCCCCUGUGGACAAAUCAGUGUUUACUUAUCUUGUUCUCUUAGUGCUUAAGCAUGGAUUUUUGACAAAAAAUAUUGUUGUACUGACUUUUGACAGGCAAAUGUGUCACUGAUUGUAGAUAGUUUACAUGGAAAACAAUGAAAUCAAAACUGUUUCCUUGCACCAGCAUGAAUAGUUAGGAUGGCAAAAUCACCCGUCCUCUCACUGACGGUCUUGUUCAUGAAAAGUCAUCAGUACAAAUUUCAGUGUACUUCAUGUGAAAAAAAACUCCAUAGGAGCUUUAAAUAUUAAUGUUGACACUGAUUUACAUAGUUUUGAAAAAGGACCCUCUGGGUUUAUUCCACACCGUACUGUAUAUUAUUGAUUUGUAAUUACUGUGGGUUUUAUGUGCCAGCAGCAUUUCGCUGUUGUGGUGGGUGGAUGUUGAGCUAAUUUUAACUGCUCUUUGUUCACUUUGGUGGUUCAGUCUGUAAGUGUGAAUCAUAAUUCAUAAGCUACUCAUGUGCUCUCCUAUGUUUGAUAAAAACAAGUUUGCUACUUUCUUUUGGAUGAAGUUGUAGUAAAGGUUUUGGCAGAAAUUAAGAAUAAAUGAGGGAUCUCUUUUCCCUCUUGCUAUUGACGCCAAACAAAACUGGUGCUGAAGAGUCUCACCCUGUAAAUAUGUGAUGCACCUGGUGAUCACCUGAGACUCUCGGGUCUCAUGUUUAGAAGAAACCUUAUUGUACCUGUAAGAGGCAAGCUAUCUGCAGUGUUUACACCUCUAAUGUUUCAUGUUCUUCACAGAUGUUCUGUCGGACUCAGUGGCCGUCACCUGAGGAAUACAGCCAGCUGGAGGUCCAAACGUGCCUGGGACGCACUGACAUUGUCCGCUGGUUCAAGGACCACCGCUCAGCUCUGAAAAACAGUGAAACUCUGGACUGGAUGGAAAGUUUCCAAAAUCCAAACCUCACAGAGCCGCAGAGAAGCAGCCAGGAACAGAAUGGCCAGAGCUCUGAGAAAAAACAGACUGUUUCCUUGGAAGUCAAGGCUGUGAAAAGUGAGUUUGGAGUAGACUGCUUUUUUUUUCUAUUUUUAUCAUAUUGCAAAGUGUUUUACACACUUGUUUGACUGUGUUUUCUCGGCUGCGUUGCACAUUUUUGCAGUCGAGGAGUCUGCCGAAAACACAGCAGCAGCUCCAGAGCGCUCCAAGCUGUCCGACCAAGACAAAGUCCAGUGGCUGACAGACAGGCUAACCCACAGUGUGACGGAUCUGAGCCGGGCCGGACCUGACCAGACCAGCUCUGCUGCUGCUGCUGCUGCUGACAAAGGAAGGUGGGUGUAGCGAGGAAAACAGAUCCUUUUCAUCCUAUAUUUAUUUUCUAGUGGGAGAUUCAUGUUUAUGAAGACAAAAAAAGAUCAGCUUCCUGCCAAUAUUAGAUUUUUUUUACGGCAUAUCUGAGGAGUUAUUUUAAGGUUUUUCUGUAAACAGGCUAAAAAUACAGAACUGUAUGGGCACAACAAGUUAUGGAUGCUGAAUCACUCCACUCAUGCACUUUCUAUGUGUUGCAUCAUCGAAAUCUUUGUGCAUUUCUCACAAAACUUUUCGAUUUAAAAAGAAUCUUUCCCCAUUUUAUGAUAUUUUUGUUUAAAAGGAGUUGUUUAUAUUCAUGAUGAGUGUCCGUGUCGUUGUCAGAUGGGUGAAGGUGACUGUGGCAGUGGGAGAGGAGAGUCAAGAAGAAGUGGAAAAACAGAAACUGGGAACCGAGACUGACGUUCUGAGUUUGGAGCAAACUGGGAGGGUCACUGGUUGA